AUGCUAGACGAACCGAAAACCAACCAAAAGAAUGUUUUAAAGUCACUUUCAGCCGACGAAUCCCCAGAAGCUGGCCCGUCUCGAGUUUCAAGCGAAGAACCGACUGAAGAAGAGCAUUCACAAGGCGAAGAGGAAGAUAGGCAAACGGAAGAAGAAGAUGGGAGUGAAGAUGAGUUUGAUGGCAUGGAUCCGGAAGGCUUUUCUGGAGAACGAACGUUGAAGCCUUUGACUCCGGAAGCGUUGGCUGCAUUUAAAGCUGCCCAAGAUCGCGCAGGCGUCAUCUACAUAUCCAGGAUUCCCCCUGGUAUGCGGCCCGCCAAAGUUCGCCAUCUCAUGAGUGCAUAUGGUGCUGUUGGUCGUGUGUAUCUCCAGCAAGAAGACGCCAAACGGGCAUAUCUGCGUCGCAAAUUCACCUCAACGAAAAAGGCGCAUUACACUGAAGGCUGGGUAGAAUUCAAAGAUAAAAAGGUUGCUCGUAGUGUCGCAGAAAUGCUGAACGCGCAGCCCAUCGGUGGGAAGAAGGGAACCAGAUGGCGCGAUGAUAUUUGGACGAUGAAGUAUUUGCCAAGAUUCAAGUGGUACAUGCUGACGGAGCAAGUUGCCCAUGAAGCUGCUGUGCACACGGCUAAGCUGCGUGUGGAGCUGUCACAAUCAAAGAGUGAGCAACAACAAUACUUGAAGAACGUGGAGCUAGCUCGUGUUUUGGAAAAGCGGGCAGCCAAGAAGAAAGAAAAGGGCGAGGAAUUUGAACUAAAACCCAACCCGCAACCAAAGAAGCGGCGCCAUGAAGGGGAACAAAAAGAGCACACCGUUAAGAAGAAAAAGGAGAUCCCUUUAGAUAGUGUACUUAACAGUAUAUUCUAA